AUGACGACACGCAGUCUCCUGCUGCUCGCGCUGCUCAGUGCCGCGUCGCUCACGCCGCUUGUCGACGCCGUCGUCGCUGGCGUGGACCUCGGCAGCGCGUUCUUCAAGAUUGCGCUCGUCAAGCCCGGCACGCCGUUCGAGAUCGUGACGAACGUCCACAGCAAGCGCAAGACCGAGACGAUGGUCGCGUUCGACGGCGACGAGCGCUUGUACGGCGCCGACGCGGCGACGGUCGGCGUGCGGAAGCCGCAGACGGCCUACGCGCAGAUCCGCCGCCUUUUGGGUGCGAAGCGGAGCGACCCGCAGGUCGUGUCGCUGCUCGAGCACGAGCACUUUCCCUACACACUCGUGUCGAACGCGUCGCGGGGCGGCGCCGUCGCACUGCAGCACGCGGACGACGUGAUGUUCGACGCCGAAGAGCUCGUGGCGAUGGUCCUGACGCACGCGCGGCAGAUCACCAACACGUUCGCCCAAGUGCCCGUGAAGGACUACGUGCUGACGGUGCCCGCGUUCUUCUCGCAGGCGCAGCGCCAGGCGCUGCUGGACGCGGCCGAGAUCGCCGGUCUCCGCGUGCUGUCGCUCAUUCACGACAACACAGCGGCCGCGCUGCAGCUCGCGGUGCACACGAGCUACGACCCGAGCGACGCGCCCAAGCGCGUGCUGUUCUACAACUUGGGCGCGACGGCGCUCCAAGUGAGCAUUGCUGCGCUGUCGAGCCAAGUGGUGCCCGACGGCUUCAAGAAGAACAAGACCGUCUCGACGUUCGAGACGCUGAGCACGGCCUGGGACACGGCGCUCGGCGGCGCCACGUUCGACCUGCGGCUCGCUGAGCACCUGGCGGCCGAGUUCAGCGCGCAGGUGGGCCACGACAUCCGCUCGGUGCCGCGCGCGAUGGCCAAGAUCCGCGCGCAGGCCACCAAGACCAAGACCGUGCUGUCGGCCAACGAGCAGAUCCCCGUCGUCAUGCAGAGUCUGUACAACGACGUGGACUUUUUCACGUCCAUGACGCGCACGAAGCUCGAGGAGCUCGCGGCCGAUCUGUUUGAGCGCACGCUCACGCCCGUGGAACAAGCGCUCGAGCGCGCGGGGCUCACGGUCGCCGACAUUGACGAGGUGGAGCUCAUUGGCGGCGGCGUGCGCAUGCCCAAGAUCCAGCAUCAGCUGUCGCAGUUCUUUCAGGGCAAAGACCUGGGCGUGCACUUGAACGGCGACGAGGCGAUGGCGCUCGGGGCUGCGUUCCGGGCCGCGAACUUGAGCAACUCGUUCCGUGUGCGGCACGUCGGCAUGAUCGACAUUGCGUCGUACCCCAUUGGCGUGCGUCUCUUGGACCUGCCGACGACGGACGACAUGAAGAGCAGCAGCAGCGACAACAGUGGAGUGCAACCUGCCAAGCCGUGGACGAAACGCGCGUCUCUGUUCCAGGAGUCGCACCGCCUCGGGCUGCGCAAGUCGGUGUCGUUUACGCACUCGAAGGACAUUUCCUGCACGUUUCGCUACGACAAGCCGUCGAUGCUGCCAGCGGGCGUGAGUGUGCUCAUUGGGACCUUUAACGUCACGGGCAUUGAGAAGUUUGCCGCGCGCUUUGCCGACAAGAACUUGGGCGAGCCGAAAGUCACGCUGUACUUUGAGCUUGACAGCAACGGGAUCGCGCGCAUUGCUAAGGCGGAAGCUACGCUGGAAGAGGAGGUUGAGGUCGAGGUGGUGGUGGCGGCGAAGAAGGACAAGAAGAGCAGCGAGAAGGAUGCAAAGGAGGGGAGCAGCGCAGAAGGUGACAGCGACAAGAGUGAGGUUGAGAAAGAGGAAGAAAAGCCUGAGACGAGAAUGGAAAAGCAGAUGAAGACGCACCGCGGGAAGUUGCGUGUCGUGCGUGAUUACGAGGCACGUGAGCUGGACGAGGACAUGAGUGUGCUGCCGAUGAGCGAAGCGGUGAAAAAGGCAUCGAUGCAAAUGUUGACAGAGAUGGAGAAUGCGGACAACCGCCGCCACGCCAACUUGGAGGCCAAGAACAGUCUCGAGACGUUUAUCUACAAGACGCACGAUGCGCUCGCCGCGCACGAGGCGGACAUGAAGCAGGUGACGGUGCCGGAACAGAUCGAGUCCCUGCAGAAGAAAUUGGAGGAAACUGAAGAGUGGCUGUACGACGACGGCGACAAGGUUGAGGCCGUGGAGUACAAGAAGAAGAUGGACGCGCUCGACUCGGACCUCAGUGCCAUUCUCUUUCGCGUGGCUGAGCUUACGGAACUGCCGGUUGCUAUUGAUACCGCUCGGGAGUACGCUGCGAGCACGCGCGAGCUGAUGGGCGAGUGGAGCACGAGCAAGCCGCAGGUGACGGACGAGGAGCGCAGUGACGUGCUUGAGAAAGUGGAUGAACUUGACACGUGGCUGACAGAGUCGGAGGCGCUCCAGAAGACCACGCCUAAACACGAGGAGCCUGUGAUGACGUCCACGCAGGUGGCUAAGAAGGUCCAGGGCGUCAAGAAAUUCGUCGCUACGUUGGCGAGACGGCCAAAGCCGCAGCCAGUGAAAGUGGACACUGACGAGGCUGACCCGAAAGAGGUCAAGCUGGAGGACGACGAGGGCACGGUGAAGGAUGAUGCUGACAGCGCAAAGGCACAGGAGGAGGAGCACGGCGAGCCGAAGUCGGACGAGGGGAAGGACGAACUGUAG